GUUUACAUCCUCUACGGCCAACUACACCUUGGUCAAUGCCCCGCUGGUGGGCAGAAGCGGCUCAAAGACCGAAUGAAGAGCGCACUGAAACGAUGCCAGACCAACCCCUCUUCUUUGGGGGAACUUGCCUCCCGCCGCACCAUCUGACGCGCUCACGUCUCACAGGGAGCGAGGUACGUGGCAAACCAGCGCACACACAGCACCGUGUAGCGUGCGAAAAGGUGUCUCCCCGCCUGCCUGCCGCCCAGUGACUGCUGGGAUAGGCUCCAGCAGCCCCGCGAUGGCUGGACGGAGUUCUGUUUUUUUUUUGUUUUUAGUAGACAUUCUGGGUCAAUCGCCAUUCCAGCUGGUGGCGCUACUGCGUAAAAUCGUUGUUUGCCAACCGCCAAUAAAGCUGAAGAAGAAGUACGGCGUUUUCACGCGCAAACGGCCACCGGCGGCAGCUUUGAGCUCCCGUUCCAGCCAAACCCGCGGACACCCCAAAGAGCCAAACCCGCCUGCAGGCUGAGGCACCAUGCCGGUGGAGGCCUGGUACAUGGAUAACUCUGACGGGGACCAGAGACUGCCGCACAGACGCGACCCAAACCAGCCCGUGUCCCCGGAGGAGCUGCAGAAGCUCGGGGUUCUCCACUGGAAGCUGAAUGCCGAUAUCUAUGAAACAGAUCCACAGUUGGCACAGAUCCGCAAAGACAAAGGCUACUCCUACAUGGAUAUUAUUGACAUUCACAAGGACAGGCUGCCAAACUAUGAAGACAAGCUGAAGAUGUUCUUUGAGGAGCACCUCCACUUGGACGAUGAGAUCCGCUACAGCCUUGAUGGCCAGGGCUACUUUGACGUCAGGGACAAGGAAGACCGCUGGAUCAGGAUCUCCAUGAGCAAGGGAGACCUCAUCACCCUACCUGCCGGCAUAUACCACCGCUUUACUUUGGAUGAGACCAACUACAUUAAAGUCAUGAGACUGUUUGUUGGGGAGCCCGUGUGGAAGGCUUACCCCCGGCCAGCUGAGGAUUUCGAAAUUCGUCAGCAGUAUAAGGCCUCUAUACAGUGAACCUGAGACUGAGCUGCAGGACACCACCCGGGUUACAAGUCAGAUGCCUCACAAUAUCGCAGAGAUUUGAUCAUGGAGUAAUUCUGCACGUGAGACGACGUAAAGUAGUGUUUAACAUGUGCAGAGAGGUACAUGAGACCCCAGAGGACUCUAUGGAACAGAGGAUCCUUUAUCGUCAGCUAAACUUUCAGUUAUGUAAUGCGCGCCAGGAUUUUGUGGUUUACCAUGAAAUUACUUAUAGAGACAGCCUCUAGUGCCUUCACUCUGUCAUUAACAACACAGACUUUGUUACACUGGUUACCGACUGUUGGCAAAGGACCGCUAACCCUUAAUCAUGAAAUCCUAUAUGCAACUAUCAGUUGAGUUCACAUUUUCUAGUGAAAAAUUGCUGUCAGCUGGAGGACAUGUAACCUUGACAUAAAAUGUUUGGAUGGAGUAUUUCAGUACAUCUCUGCUAGACUGAUGGAUAAAAUCUAAAAUUGUUCAUUGUUAAGCAAAUAAAACUGCUGCUACAUCUUUUAUCUCGUUUGUCUUUUUGGAUACUAUCCCAACUCCCCAAAACUAAAGGCAAGUUAAAACAGCUUUUAUUUUGGAUAAAACAAAAUAUUUUUGUAGCAUAUCAAGAACAGUACGACAAGUCACUAAAUUCCGGUCAGCUCAACAUGUAAACAGUAAUAAUUAAAAAGAUUAUGAGGACAAAUCAAUAAAAGUCAAAAGACAAAUUCAUUUGGUGCAGUAAUCAUUUUUACAAUAGUUUCCCUAUCUUGAUAUAUACAGUUCUGAAUCACUAGUAUUUAAUAUUCCAUUGGUUUAGUGGCUAGGAUGUGGUGCGUUCUUAGGCUGUGAAAAUCUGUUUCUGCUCUCUCCCUGAGGUGAUCAUACAUCCGACAGAAAUGGGAAGCUGAAACAAGUGCUCCGUCACUGUUGCUUACACCGAUCCGGUAAUGCAAGACAUUUCGGAGAGAGGACUGAAGUGCCGUUUCAACAGGGUGUUUGCAAUAAGCUCAUUUGUUUGCAAAUGAUGGUUCCAGGAGUGCAUAAUAAUGCCCAUUGGUGUCACUAUCAGUCACAUCAUUAGUUUCUCAUUACUUCACUCACUCCUCUGUAGUGGUGUAACUCUUAUUCUAUUAUUUCAUUGAUGGAACUAACAACAGUUAAGAUGGGCUUGGUCUGCGAAUUCGAAAUCAUUACUUUUAGCACAACACGGGACUGUGGGCCAUCGCCUUUACCAAUUCCAAAUCCAACCCUUCCGAGGUUGUAUUCUAGGUAUAGUCCUGUUCUUACUCAGCUUGUUGGGAAAUGUGUGGCUCACUCCAUUACUGGUUACAACGUCUUUAUGGACUGAACGCCUCAGUUCUGACAUUGUCCUCAUUCUGUGUACUAUAGGGCAAAAUAAGAAAAAUGUGCUGCUGGGCUUGGUAUACCAAAACCAUACUAGAAUUAAUACCGUCUUAGUCAUUAUCUGUAAAGCAAAAAUAAUCCUAGCAUGACAAUUCUGGGAAAACCAAGCCCUGCUAAACAUUACUCUUUCUGUCACUACACACUCUCAGCUAAUGCUGUUAUUCUCUGUCGAUUUUACUUCUCCUGCAGCAUGU